AUGGCGGCAGCAGAGGGUGGUGACCACUAUGAGGCAAUCAUCGUGGGGUCUGGUCAGGGCGGCACUCCCCUAGCAGCAGCCUUUGCGAAAGCUGGCAAGCGGACGUUACUUGUUGAGGAGAAGCAUAUCGGUGGCACCUGCGUCAACGAAGGCUGCACACCCACAAAGACAAUGGUCGCCUCUGCCCGGGUCGCCAACCUCACAGUCCGAGGUCCCGAAUAUGGCGUAAGGUACAAACGCAGUUCGCUGAUGCUGGAGCUCGACACAGUAAGGAAGCGAAAGCGAGACAUCGUGGAGAGCUUUCGUGGCGGCAGCGAGAAGCGACUUGCGUCAGAGGCGAACCUCGAAGUGCUUCACGGUCGUGGCAAAUUUGUGGGCAAGCGGAAGCUGGAGAUAACUUCGACAGGCACAUCGAGCCCUGGAUUCGUCGGCAGUACUCGCACAGUCACCGGAUCGAAGAUCUUCUUGAACGUCGGGUGUCACCCUGCUCCAUUGAAUGUCAAGAACGCAGACAAGAUACCCCACUUGAACAGCACGACCAUCAUGGAGUUGGCGGAGGUGCCGAAGCACCUUAUCAUCAUCGGUGGGGGACCCAUCGGCUUAGAAUUCGGACAGAUGUUUCGACGAUUUGGAGCGAAGGUGUCGAUAGUCCAACAUGGGCCAAGACUGCUUCCCAGGGAAGACGAGGAUGUUUCAGCGGCUGUCAAACAUAUCCUUGAGGAGGACAAUAUCGAUGUUUACGUGAACGCAACAGUCCGCGAGAUCAGCCGGGUGCCUACUGGGCUGACUGUGGUCAGUGUGGCAUUGCCGAAGAAGGCGUCGGCGGAUGAGGAAGAGAUCAGUGUCAAGACUUUGACGUGCAGUCACAUUCUCGCCGCUGCAGGUCGAGCGCCGAACACGGCUGAGCUGGGUCUCGAAAGUGCGGGUGUGGACGUCGACGGCAGAGGCUUCGUAAAGGUAGACGAGAACCUCGAGACUUCUGCCAGCGGCAUCUACAGUCUUGGAGAUGUCAACUCAGGGAGCCCGCAGUUCACACACAUAUCGUACGACGACUUCCGGAUCCUGAAGCACAACAUAUUAGACAAUCCUAAUGCGAAGCCGAAGAGCACAACAGGAAGAAUUGUUGCAAACGUGACAUUCAUGGAUCCCCAGAUUGGACGAGUGGGGGAGACCGUGGCGAGCGCCAAAAAGAGGUGGCCAGGUAGGAAGUUGGCGAUCGCCUCUAUGCCGAUGACUUGGGUUGCGAGGGCACUCGAGGUCAAUGAGACGAGAGGGUUGAUGAAAGGCAUGGUUGACAAGGAAACUGGGGAGAUUCUGGGGUUUGUUUGUGUGGGAAUUGAAGGUGGUGAACUCAUGAGUGUCGUACAGAUGGCCAUGCUUGGUGGUCUACGAUAUACGGACUUAGAGAACGCUGUAUUCGCUCAUCCGACUUUGGCAGAAAGCUUGAACAACCUAUGGGGCAAUCUAGAAGAUUUGCCAUGA